CCUCAGCGCAUGCUCAGAGCACACCUCCGGCAGGUAUGUUCGCUCGUGCGGACUCUCCCGGUUCAUCAGACUCCAGCAUGACGCGGCAGCAGGUUCGCGGAGACACCCACUGAUCCCAGGCUACCACACCGACGCUCAGCGCUCAAACUCGGCUGCAGCAGCUCGGAGGCUCCGCCAAGAACCCGGAUCCGGAUCAAGGUUGUGAUUUUUGUUUACGCGCUGCUGCGGAGGAGAGAGGAAACUUCAGGCGCUCCCCGGAGCUCAGAUCUGGAAUUUACGCACGGCCGGUGCGCACAGGCCGACUGUCGAGGAUAGUUAUGGGGGGACUGGGAAUCUGAUCCCCGAGAGUCCGAGAGACUGGACUGACUGGACGCGAAUAGUUGAACUUCUUCUUCAUCCUCUCAGCUUCAGGUGCCCACCAUGUUCCAGCACAGUAACAACAAGAAAUGCUUCACCAUAGAGUCUUUGGUGGGGAAAGAUGCGAGCAGUCAUAGCAGCGGCGGCGGCGGCGGCUCCGGGGAUGAACCCAUCCGGCCCACUGCGCUCCGCUUCCCGGACUCUCUGCACCCGGCUUCAGCCACCGGGGUCUUCGGCUCCUGCUUCCAGGGGGGCAGCGGGAGGACUUUGUUCUCUGCUGGGCCGGACAUGAUGCUCCAGGACACCGGGGCGCACACGCAGGGCUCCGGCGGGCUGCCGCUGCACCCGCUGCAGAUCCCCCCGCAGAGCUUCUUCAGCCCGCAGCAUCGGGACGCGCUCAGCUUCUACCCCUGGGUGCUGCGGAGCCGCUUCCUGGGACACCGCUUCCAAGGAGAGGACAGCAGUCCAGAGAACCUGUUGCUUCAUGGUCCGUUCUCCAGGAAACCCAAACGGAUUCGGACGGCCUUUUCGCCUUCGCAGCUGCUGCGCUUGGAGCGGGCCUUUGAGAAAAACCAUUACGUGGUCGGAACAGAGAGGAAGCAGCUGGCCAGUGGGCUGUGCUUGACCGAGACACAGGUGAAGGUGUGGUUUCAGAACCGCAGGACGAAGCACAAGCGCCAGAAGCUGGAGGAAGAGUCUCCAGAAGCUCAACAGAAGAGGAAGGGCAGCCAACACGUCAGCCGCUGGAGAGCGGCGACGCAGCAGGCCGGCAGCGAGGACGUGGACGUCAUCAGCGACGACUAGACCGCAAAUGUCACUGCAGAGUCCCUCACGCACACACAAUAGACAUGCGGACCCUCGGACAGGACCAGCAACUGAGAUUAGGUUGAAUUCAAACUCUAAGAUGUGACGAUUCCCACCCAGGAAGCCACAGAUUAGUGUGAAGCAUCUUCAUCUAUAGAGCUUAGUUAGAGAACUAAAGCAGCCACCUGGUUUAAUAGUGUUUCCCAACCAGCAAGCGUCCACGGUGACGCCGCUGCAAAGUUGAUUCACGAUGAAGCCUAGACACAGAUGUUUAGAUCUCCCCUGGUUGAACGAAUGGUUCCCACAUUUAUCUUGAAUCUUCGUCCGUUCUGUUUCUGCCACUGCAUAAAACAGAAAACUCUCACGGCUCAGAUAAACCUGUAAUAAACAGUAGGGCUGCUUUGAUCUCUGCACGUUUCAGGACUGAGAAUAUUUGCUUCAGUUCAAACGUUUUAAGCCUGCAAAGGUGCUUUUUCUUCCUUGCUUGGGAUAUAAUUAAACAAAUAUGAAAAAUCUUGCACAAAAAAGAGAAUAAGAUAAAACGGAUCAAAGCAGAGCAGAAGCAAAAAUGUCUAAACCGUCCGUAAUAUUCUGAACUCAAAGCAAUUUUUUUUCAGAAUUUACUCCCUUUUUCUUUUAGCCUGUAAUGUUGACAGAGCCUCAUUGGUCUAAUCUGAUACAAGAGCCUUUUGAGGAUGAUCUGAUAAUCAAGUCUGUUUUUUUUAUGUUUCUGUUUAGAAAAAGUAACAUAAGACUGUCAAUUUAAAAUAUAUGUUUAGGUUAUUAUACAUCAUUCGACAAAUAUGAAAAAGAAUAAGUAAAUAAAUUUAAAUAAGGGAUCUGAGCCGUGCUUUUGUCACACAGUGACAUUCAGUCUAAAAGGAAGUUUAAGAUAAUUUUUCAGAGCCCUUUUCAGUGCAACAUUACAAUAACAGCCCCUGCAGAGUAAAACUGAAAACACAUAUAUAAACACACACACACACAUAGACACUGACAACUUUUAUUUCUACGGACUGACGGACGGACGAUGAACCUUCCUGUUCUGGACAAUGAAAAAGAAAAAGAAGAACAGAGGAUCGUUUUUCAUCGGAAAAAAGGAAACUUUCCGUCAGAUUUGGACUGACAAGGUUUUGAUGCUUCCAAGAGGCAGAAGAGACUGAAAACCUGACUCUGGUUCUGGUGCCAAACAAAGACUGUCCAGAAAACGUGAAAAAAAAAAGACAUUUGAAGCUGCUGGGCUGCAGGUUUCUGAACACUGAGAGAAACUAUGUUCCGGCCACAGAGAGGAAGUAACCCUCCUGGAGUCUGUUUAAAAAAAAAAAAAAAAGCAUCUGUUUCUGAGAUGCUUUACAAAAACUGAAGGUGUUUGGGGCAACGCUGCUUCCAGAAUCCCCAAACAGAAAUGUACUGAAUCUAUUGCUCAGCUCUCAAUUUUCAAUAAGAAAUGCAGACGAUUAGCUGCAGCUUGUUCAAGCUUUGCUCAAAACUUCCAGCCAAUAAAAAUCAGCUAACAGUUUCUUUUUUUAAAUUUUUUCCUGUCCUGCUUCCCUGUGUGCGAUUAAAUCAGAGCUGAUGGAAACAGUAAGGACUCCUACACGCUGGACGAAGACCCUACAAUGAUGUAAUAAGCCUGCCAGAAUGUGGACGGUCUCUGCAGGGUGUUUAGAGGGAGUUAAGAAGCAGUGGUGGAAGAGUUCCCUGCGGUGUUUUGAGGAUGCACAAAAACGUCUUUGGUGAGGUGGUUAAUCAAUGUGACCAGAGCGUACAGGGGUUCGGCUCGGUCUUGCAGGGUGGUUGGAUCAUUCUAGGAGGAUGCUGCUUGUGUAUACAGCCUGGUGAGCUCUCAGAAGUGGGUCUCAACUAGAACACUGAAGGAGGUUCUCUAAAUUUCCUGCAAUCCAACCACAUUUUUUUAUAGGCAGUAAAAAGCACGAGUUCCAUGUGAAACGCUAACUAAAAUGGAUCUGCACAAACUUGCAUGAAUUUUGCUGAGCAUCGCUGACAGAUGAAUUGUCAAUAGAAAUCACUCUAAACACCCCCCCCCCCACACACACACACACACACACACACACACACCGGAGGAACCUGGCGUCUCCUCUCAGCGCUGACUCAGUGGUUAAUGUCUGAAUGCAAAAACACGGAUCUGAGACCUGCUGUUGCAUCCCGUUUCUAAAUCCUGUCUGUUCUUUAGUUGUUGUUUUUUUUUUAUUUUUUUUAUUGAGAACUACUUCAGCAGCUUUUGUUUUUCUCAUGAACACCAACAAAUAAAAAAAAAAAUCUGGAAUGCCAAGCUUUGUUUGAGUUAAUUUGUGUAGGAAAAAUGUGUAAUAAUAGUAACAAUAAAAAAAACUGAAAUAAUUAUGCAGGAAAAAGCAGCUUUUCGUUUCAAAAGGCAGCAGCAGCAGCAGCGAGUACAGAAACCAGCAGGGUCCCAGAUCAGUUUCUUUUUUAUAGGGAAGAAUAUUGGUAUUUAUGUAAAAACUGGAUGAGAAAGUAUUCUAUGCAUCUAAUGUAUGUAUAUAAUGAUGAUAUUAUUAAUGAUGCUGAUUUGUGUUUGCUCUUCUCUCUGCAUCAGUUCAUCAGUUUGUUUCUUCCCUCUAGACAGAUUUACCUCAUCCUCUCCUCAUGUAGCACUUCUUCUUCUACUACUUAGUCAGAUCUAUUUUUUCAUUGUUUUGGGACUGAAUGCACUAACUCUACAACCCGUCGCCUCUGCGAAGACGAAAGGAGCUAUGUACUCCGUGUGCUCAGUUUGGAGAGAAAAUAAAUAAAUAAAUACAAUUAAAAAA